CGCGAAGUAGCAUCUUCAAGCCAACUACACAUUAUCUGUAAUGGAGAAACAGAUUCCGAUCCCAACAGUAAAAUUGGGCAAUCAAGGGCUGGAGGUUUCCAGAUUGGGUUUUGGAUGUGGGGGCCUUUCCGGGUUUCUUAAUGCUCCUCUUUCUCAUGAAGCUGGAUGUUCAAUUAUAAAAGAAGCUUUCACCAAAGGAAUCACAUUCUUUGAUACAGCAGACAUCUAUGGGAAAAAUCAUGAUAAUGAGAUCAUGAUUGGGAAGGCUUUGAAGCAGCUUCCCCGCGAAAAAAUUCAAGUAGCAUCAAAGUUUGGUAUUACCAUAUCAGAGGAAGGUCAGUAUGGGGUCAAGGGUACCCCAGAGUAUGUUCGUGAGUGCUGUGAAGGUAGUCUUAAGCGUCUUGGUGUGGAUUACAUAGAUCUCUAUUAUCAGCAUCGCGUAGACAUAACUGUGCCAAUAGAGGAUACAAUGGGAGAGCUCAAGAAGUUGGUGGAGGAAGGAAAGAUUAAAUACAUUGGCUUGUCCGAACCUAGUCCGGCCACAAUAAGGAGAGCGCAUGCUGUUCAUCCCAUUACUGCCUUACAAAUGGAAUACUCUCUAUGGACACGUGACAUUGAAGAUGAAAUAAUUCCACUUUGCAGGGAGCUUGGAAUUGGGAUAGUGGCAUAUAGUCCUCUUGGUCGCGGAUUCUUUGGCGGGAAGGCAGUUGUGGAGAGUUUGCCAAAUGAGAGUAUAUUGGCUGCGCAUCCCAGGUUCAAGGGGGAGAAUCUAGAGAAAAACAAGCUCAUUUAUACUAGACUUUCUGACCCGGCUUCCAAGCAUGCCUGCACCGUUCCUCAGCUCGCUUUAGCUUGGCUUCUACAUCAGGGGGAUGACAUAAUCCCAAUCCCUGGAACAACCAAAGUCAAGAAUAUCAUAGACAAUAUUGGAUCGUUGUCAUUGAGGUUCACUCAACUGGAUUUGAAAGAAAUUAGUGAUGCUGUGCCCAUUCAAGAAGUGAGUGGAUCUAGUGAUUUUGAUGCUUUAUCUGAAUAUACCUGGAAGUUGGCAAACACCCCACCAAAGUGAAUAAAAUCACAGAAACAGACAGAAGUUUGUUUUCAAUGUUAUCAAAAUAAAAGUGGCAAGAUGUGAAUUUCUUGCUGAAAACUUGGGCUGGAGGAAACUUUCUUGAGUAAGCAUUGUGUGAUGAAUGAGGGAUUAUGCAAUCACUACUGCAGCAUUAGGAAUUAAUGGGUGAAUUUUCGAUGUUAAACAUUUUUUUCUUUGUUGUCUGUGAUGCUUGUUGUUCAUAAGAAAUAGAAUGCAUCUCUUGUCGAUUAUGAUAUGAGAGCAAUGCAUGAUGAUAGUCUACCCAAUAAGUCUCUGUGGUCACUCAUGUAACAGUUUGCAGUCUCUCUGUACAAAAUGAAGCUUUUUACGAAUACAACCAUUAUCAUGUA